AAAUCAAACUUAUAUUAUUUUUAAUACAAUUUUAUAUGUAAAAAGAUAAAUUUAAGAAUAAGAAAUAUUUUUGCGAAAAUUAUAUAUCGAUAUUUUCUUUCAAUUUCAUGUGGAUAGAAAGAAUUUCGACAAUUCCACUAAAUGAGCAGGCAUACACACACACACACACACACACAUAUAUAUAUAAUUAUAAGAUAUUAUUCCUAUACUCAUCACUUCCAUUACUUAGUAAAAAAUUUAAAGUAACCCUUUUUUACAAUUAUUUAUUAGAACUUCGAAUUUCGAACGAUUAUGAAUCGUAAAAAAUGAUGACUAUUAAUAUUUACGUAUCUGUAUUGAAAUAUAGAUUAUGGAAUGUUAACCUAGAGACUUUCUCAUAUGACAUCUUUCACGUGGCUUUAACAAACCCUAAGCGAUUUUGAAUACUUACAAGAUUGCCUGUGUCAUGUAUUGAUAUAUUAAAUACUUGUACCUAUAAUUUACUAAGAAAAUGACGAUAAAAAAAACUAAAGCAGCAACAAAAGGUGCAAAACAGAUAGUGGAAGAAAAUAAAACUACAUUAAAUUUUUAUCAAAAUAUGAUAAUUGGGGCAAUAGGAAUAUAUUUUACUGUUACGAUGUUGUUCUUUAACUUUACAACAUUAUCAACUGUGAGUUUUAUAUUUAAGACAUUAACCAUAUUUUCUGCAAUUGUAUAUAUAGGAAGUUAUCAGUUUAUGAAAUAUAUAGCACAUGCAACAUAUUCAGAAUCGGGACAGCUUUUAGAUUCUGGAAUUGAUCUUAAUAUGGAAGGAGGUAUAGCAGAACAUGUAAAAGAUUUAAUUAUAUUAACUUCAGGAGUACAAAUACUCUCUCUUAUAUCAAAUUACUUUUGGUUGUUAUGGCUUCUUGUACCAUUCAGGGGAGGUUGGAUGAUAUGGAAACAAAUAUUAGCUCCAUGGUUUUUUGCCUCUACUCCAGAGCAACCUGAGAUUAGUGAGAAGAAACAACGGAAGUUGGAAAAAAAGAUGGCUAGACGGCAUUAACAUUUUGAAUAGAAAUAAGCAUGCAUUUUGAAUAAAUAUUAAAAAAUUUAAUGGGUGUAGGAUAAAGUUGAGCAAUAUUGUGAAACAAGA